AUGCAAUUAGACGAUGUGAUUGCAACCACUUCGCCGGAUCAUGCUCGCAUCAAGGAGGCUAUGGACCGGUCUGUGCGAUGGCUAGAUCGGUGCAUUGAGGAGCAUAAAUAUCCGGAGCGCCAAAACCUCUUUUGCAUCAUCCAGGGUGGUCUUGAUCUUGAAUUGCGAAAGCAGUGCUGUGAAGAGAUGGUAGCGCGAGAUACUCCAGGAAUUGCCAUUGGAGGUCUAUCCGGUGGUGAAGCGAAGGAGGAGUUCUGCAAAGUAGUGGAUACAUGCACUGAAAUUCUCCCGGAACAUAAACCCAGAUACGUGAUGGGCGUGGGAUACCCCGAGGAUAUCGUUGUAGCAGUGGCUCUCGGGGCAGAUAUGUUUGACUGUGUUUGGCCGACGCGGACAGCACGCUUCGGUGACGCGAUCGUCUCCUCUGGGACGCUGAAACUAAGCCAUAAAUCGUUCGCCGAUGACUUUGGUCCAGUUGAGGAGGGCUGCACCUGCACUUGCUGUCGUCCAACUGACCAAGGUGGUCUUGGUCUCACGCGAGCAUACAUGCACCAUAUCACAGCCAAAGAAACUGUUGGAGCUCAUCUUUUGACCAUCCAUAAUGUUCAUUACAUGUUGACCUUGAUGGGCAAAAUCCGACAGGCCAUUAUCGAUGACCAAUACCCGGCUUUCCUUCGUAAGUUUUUCUCUGAUCUCUACAGAGGCGAUAAAUCUAAGUUCCCCGAAUGGGCGGUGGGUGCUCUGCGGGGAGUUGGAAUGGACUUGUUAGCAGACUCAUGA